AGAAGUACUUGAUCAAUCUAUAUUUUGAGCCAAUUAACUAUUUGGGUGUUGUGUAGGUAGGUAGGUAGAGAUGUAUACCCAGGUACCUAGUUAAGCCCUAUAAAUAACAGUAAUUAACUCAAAUAGACACCGCUGUAAGUUUUGAGAGCAGUAACUUAGGUUCCGGGAGAUCAACAAGUGACAAAACUCAAAUUGAAUAUCUAGUUUACUGUAUGCAGUAAGAAUGAAGAGGCUUGAAUAAGAAUUUCCAGAAUCCAGAUGUGAUUGUGUCUUUCCAUUCCAAGCUUUUCUACCCGCUGUCAAAUUCGAGCACCAAAUCGAGCAUGACCUAGUAGUUCUAGAUUAACUAGCUCGUAAGGCAGUGGAUAGUGGGCAUUGAGUAGUGGGUAGUAAGUGGCGGGCACUCACCUCACUCUAUCAGACCUAAUUACACCCCUUCAUCUGCCGAAAGCCCCUCAAAGACCCCCAAGCAAGUUUUAAGACACAACAGAAAAAUUGUUGACAUCGUGUACUAGGUAUCUGAUGCCAUCCACCUAUUACGGCAUUAUCACAUUAUCCCAUCCGUUUGACAAACUCUAAAGAUUCUGGAAAGGGUAGAAGAGAAAUUGAGAAGGAGACAGGAACAAGGGCAUUUCUGCGGAAGAUGUCUGGUUGUGUGUACUCCUGGAAUUCUCUCACCAAACAUUCGUCUGGGAGCUACCAUACGAUAAAGCUGUGUAGACUCCUUUCCGUCCCAAGAGGCAUUUGUCCUCUGUGAAGAAGAGAUUCCUCUGAAGACUUUGAAGAAGGAAGGGAGAUAUCCGACCAUCUAUCUAUACCUUGUCCAGGCUCUACUUCUGCCAAUCCCUCCACCUCCCCAUCCCACACCAUCUAGGCAAUUUCAGUUCCCAGUGCCAGUGCCAGUGCCAGCGCCCACCCACAUACCCCCCUCCGUAUAUAGUACUUACAUACAUACCAAAUCCAUCCAUUUUAGCGUGCAACGCUGCACUGAGCUAGGAGGCGUCCCAUCGUGGUUCCGCGCUUUUAAGAUUAUCCUUUGGCAACCAGGAUCAUCUUCAAGGUUAUUCCUUUUAACCAAAAACCUUCAGACGGACUUUUCGCUACCGAAUUAUUUGAAGCUACAUCCAUUGUCAUCACCAUCUUAUAGAAGUACAUAUCUAAACCGUUUACCUCAUCCAUCAUUCAUAUCUUCAUAUAUACAUGCACAUUUGUACCGUCACAUACCCAUUCCUGCUCUUCACAUCUAUACCGCUUCAUAAAGAAUUCGGGACACGCAAAUAUUCAGAAAGAAGGAUUAAUUAAGGGCUAGGCUGUCAUUGACGACGGCCAAAUAAAAAUUAUAUAUUAAUCAUGAAUACUACAGCAUAUGCUUCACCACCUCGCGAUAUGCAUCCUCGAUCAACCAUGCCAAGUCUUCACGAUACAACAUAUCGACCUGGUCCACCUCAUCAGGGAGCUCCAUACUCGAUGCCACAAACAAUGGCAUCUCAACAUUCAACCAUUUCAGCCUACGAGCAAUACAACAAUUCUCUGCCUGUUUCUCGUCCUCCUCCUCCAGAACAUUUGCCAUCCUCAGAGGCUGUGUCGUCAUUUUCUAUUGGGCUUCCAGGUCAAGAACCAUCACCUCGGUCUAUUACCGUGGAUGGGAGAAAAUAUACUUUGGAAGUUCAACAACAACCAAAACGAGCUCGAAUGUGUGGAUUUGGAGACAAGGAUCGUCGGCCUAUCACUCCUCCUCCAUGCGUCAAGCUUAGUAUAACAGAGAUUGCCACGGGGAAAGAGGUAGACGUCAACAACAUCGAACAUGGAAUGUUUGUGCUUAACGUAGACUUAUGGUCAGCGGAUGGCGAUCGACCAGUCAAUCUUGUCCGCCACUCGCAAACUUCUCCAUCGAUCUCAGCCACAGUUCCAGUAUCUUAUACACAAAUACAAGGAGGUGCAGCUGCAUACUCGAGCCUACUUCCCGGACAAAGUCAACGAGAACCCACCAGCCCAACAUAUGGUAAUGCGCCACCUUACCAGGGAGCUGGUUUCAGUCCGUUUCCAGGCCCUCCACAAGUGAGCGCAUACUCGCAGCAACAACCCGGACAACAGUCGGGUUACGGUGGAAAUCCCAACUACCCACCCCCAAAUGGAUACCAAGUACCACCUCAACAGUCAAACUAUUAUUAUCCUCAACCAUCUCAAUCCGUCCCAAGCCACAAUAAUCAAGAUCCUUACCCCUCUCGUCCUUUCACCCCACAAGAUCUCGGAUUAGGCCGCAUACCCAUAAGCCAGACAAAUCCUCCACAAGGAAUGUUCACACGAAAUCUUAUUGGCAGUUUGUCGGCUUCUGCAUUUCGUCUUACAGACCCGGAUGAUCGAAUCGGGAUCUGGUUUGUGCUUCAAGACCUUUCCGUCCGAACCGAAGGUGAUUUCCGCCUUCGAUUUUCAUUCGUCAAUGUUGGUGUUCCUACAGCACCACAAAACAACGCCAACUCAUCGUGUUCCGUUAACACUGGAAAGGCCCCUGUUCUUGCCUCAUGUUUCUCGGAGGUGUUUAAAGUUUACUCCGCAAAGAAAUUCCCUGGUGUGGUAGAAAGUACAGCAUUAAGUAGAUGCUUUGCUACACAAGGUAUCAAAAUCCCAAUCCGAAAGGAUGGAAAGGAUGGACCAGGAAAAGGAGGAAAAGACGGUAGCCGAGGCGAUGACGACGAUGACUAUUAGAAGUCAAUCUCCGUCUGGUCUUGCGCCUUCUCGACAGGAUCUCUCUUCAAAAACUACGCGCAUAUACCACAGCAUUUCCUGAAGCCAAUCGAAGCACCAUGCACUAUUUAUUCCCAAAUUUUUACCAUUUUACAGCUCCGUUUGUUCGAAUUUAGGUUUCCCAGCGCGUGUCUGUUCUUAAUCUAAUUUGUAGAACAUGAGCUGAGAUCAGAAGAGAAGAGAAGGACAAAAAGAGAUCACAAUCAGGCGUUACGUUUUAUGGCAGACAUACAUGUCCGUUUUCCGUAUUAUGUUGCGUUUUUCUGCUUGAAAAGACUCGAAUUAGCUUGGAUACAGGGACGGAGUACGGCGUGGCGAUACAGGCAUGGGUUUUGUUUGAAUGUUGGUCGAUUUAUAGCUGGAAUCCAAUUUGUCCAAGCUUCGCAGAGAAGUGAAGGAGUCAGUAUACCUACGGCUCAGUAGGUAAAUCUUGAUGUAUAGAACAGCCGUUAUGGUAUAUUACAUAUUCACUUCUCACAAUUCCAGACAUAUCUAUGCAUACCUAGGUACCCCGGGCCUACUUAUGCAACUGAAGAUUACUUCCGAAGUCUUGAAGUUCUCAAAGGUCACGAUGAUAGAUUUAAUAGUUUUUUGUAGCUAUCCUCUACCCCGAUCAGGGCGAUGCGAUAAUGUGGUAAUAGCUCUUUGUUGAAUUUCUCCUGUCGUCCUUUGAGCUAGCGACACGGGGGUUACGAGGGAGAGGGGAGAAAUCGAUCUAUUGACUAACUAGCUAUCGUCUGAUAUCACUAGCUUAAACGAAUUUUUAGGUGAACCCUCAAAGGAACAUCCACACAAGUCAACGUGUAUAUCAAGCAUGGGCGAUAAUAAAGUGCAGGGGAGAAUGGAAGCUAACGCGAUGCUCAGGUGCCAGACGAGGAACGUUGAUUCUUCCAGAUAGGUGUUGGAGAUUGUUCACAGAUCCAGGAGCUCAUAGUCAGUGAGUUUGAUGAUCAUAGUAUGAGUGAUAUGUAUGUUAGUUAGGAUUUCAAUUUUCGCAACCUUUUCUAGAAAUAGCCAGCUAUAUCCUACAUUCAAUUGAUUCAUGCGCUCAAUCUCUCCUGGUAUCAUGUCAAGUAUCUGUAGAUGCAUGCUCCUAUUCACCGAGGGAUCCGGAAUUCACUACAGCACGUCUAUUCAUAUUAAAUAGUAUAAUCGACUCCAGUCUAGCUCUCCGGAUGCAUGAAAGUCCCACAUCUUAAUCACUAUAGUCAUCCUCAUCCCUAUAAUCGCCUAACAGAACAUCGUCCACUCCUGGGCCACCUAGCAAUCCAUUUGCAUUACCCUUUUCCUUUUCUCGUCCCCAUUCUGUCUCUACUCUCAGGAAUAUCCACAUCCAUCUCCUAACAACUUCCAAUACCUCUAAUAAGAAAAUACCGCUUUCAAAAUCGGCAAAGUGGUCAAGAUGAGGAGAGAGUUUGAGAGACCAUGUGAAACGGAGGAGGAAAUCAAAAAGGAUAGCAAUGUAGUAGAGCUCCUGUGUAGGGAGAUAUAGGCGAGGUCGAAGAGGGUAGGAGGCUGUGUUUUUUGAUGACGGAAUCAGGAGAGUGAGGUCCCAGUCUUUAGUCACAUCCCAGUAGAAAGAGUAUAGAGAGUUGAUGAGUACGCUUAGUAGCCAGAAUCGAUAGAGUGUUGUUGUGGUGAUGUUUAUCGAGGUUUCAUUUACGGAGAGGUUUCGCUGCAUAGCGGAGAAUAUUAUCACAGGGAACGCCGUGGAAUACUUGAGCGCAUUGGCUAAAUGUUGACCACCCCAUCCAGAAGUCGAUGAACGUGAAUUCUUAACUCGUAGGUAUUCAAUUAUGCAUUGCCGGAAACGAAUAAGUGAGGGUAUCGCGAUCAUAAUAGGGACGAGAUAUUGUCCGCCGCAACCGCGAUCAGGCCGAGAAGUUGCGCUGCCAGAAGGGGUGAAGAACAUGCAAAAAGAGACGAAAAGGUCGGCUAUAAUUUUCGCAUAGGAGGUGAGAACAUCAGCCAGGAGGAUGUCGCCAAACUUGCCUUCAUUGGGAAGAGCGAGACCUCCAAUUGAAACACGCUUGAGGGCGGAGAGAAAAUGAAGACGACCAGAGUAAGAUGCGCGGCGUAAGGGAACCAGAAAUGCGAGGAAGAGAAGACAAAUGUAAGUUAUCGGCAGAAAGUCAUAGUAGAUUACUAGAGCUGGGUCGCGGUGGGAGAGUGCCCAGAAAAGGAGGAUUGAGAGGACAAGAGGGAUUGUGAGAUAAGUAGCAAGUCGAUACGCAGACAGAUGAUGCGGAGGAUCAGUUCGUGGAGAAGCUCGUUGUGGGUAUUGGAUGAGUGAGGGAACAUUAAUUUUAACAAUUGAAAGAUAAUGAAGAUUUGCGCCCCAAGCCCAGACUCCUAUUGAAUACGAUGAUCAAUGCAACUCUAUAUGGUAAGGGAAGAGUGCGACUGAAAGAGUCGAGCUCAUUCUCAACAGCAGGGUCUCCAUCCAUUCUACCGCCUAUUACAAUACCACAUCUGCCGCACUAAAGCUGAUAAUGAAUGACUGAAGUGAGAUGUAAAGAAUUGAAUUGGGUAUAAGUGCAAACGACAACAAUACUGGGUAACUUAAUAGAAAGGGA